GAGAGAGCGAGUCUGAAGUGUGUGAUAAACUCUGAUCACAGUAACUGGAGAUAUGAGUGGUAUAAAGGCACAGACAUAAAGUUACAGACGUCUGAGCGUUACACUGUAAACAGAGACACUCUCACUAUCAGAGGAGCUACUGAGUCUGAUCAGGAUCAGUUCUGGUGUAGAGGACAGAGAGAUGGACGACCAAACUCAUCACAAUCAAGCUCUGCUGUUUCUCUCACUGUGAAGGAUUCACCCAGAUCUACACUGACUGUGACUCCAGACAGUCCUGUAUUCACUGGAGAGAGAGUCGAUCUGAAGUGUGUGAUUGAGUCUCACAGUGACUGGAGACAGAGAAAUUAUGGGUCUUAUAUCUGGCCAUAUUACUGGACACCUGAGUGGAGAUAUGUGUGGUAUAAAGGCAGUGUAAUGUUACAGACGUCUGAGCGUUACACUGUAAACAGAGACACUCUCACUUUCACAGCAGUAACUACAUCUGAUGCGGGUCAAUUCUGGUGUAGAGGACAGAGAGAUAAAAGACCAAACUCAUCACAAUCAAGCUCUGUUUCUCUCACUGUGAAGGAUUUACCAACAUCUACACUGACUGUGACUCCAGACAGUCCUGUAUUCACUGGAGAGAGAGUCGAUCUGAAGUGUGUGAUUGAGUCUUACAGUGACUGGAGACAGAGAAAUGGCCUGAAAUAUGACCGGAGAUAUGACUGGACACCUGCCUGGAGAUAUGAGUGGUAUAAAGGCAGUGUAAUGUUACAGACGUCUGAGCGUUACACUGUAAACAGAGACACUCUCACUAUCACAGCAGUAACUACAUCUGAUGCGGGUCAGUUCUGGUGUAGAGGACAGAGAGAUGAAAGACCAAACUCAUCACAAUCAAGCUCUGUUUCUCUCACUGUGAAGGCUUUACCCAGAUCUACUCUGACUGUGACUCCAGACAGUCCUGUGUUCACUGGAGAGAGAGUGAUUCUGAAGUGUGUGAUUGAGUCUGACAGAGACUGGAGAUAUGAGUGGUAUAAAGCAGGAAACAACAGUGUAAUGUUACAGACGUCUGAGCGUUACACUGUAAACAGAGACACUCUCACUAUCAGAGGAGCUACUGAGUCUGAUCAGGAUCAGUUCUGGUGUAGAGGACACAGAGAUGAAAGACCAAAAUCAUCACAAUCAAGCUCUGCUGUUUCCCUCAAUGUGACGGAUUUCCCCAGAUCUACACUGACUGUGACUCCAGACAGUCCUGUAUUCACUGGAGAGAGAGUCAAUCUGAAGUGUGUGAUAGAGUCUUACAGUAACUGGAGAUAUGAGUGGUAUAAAGACAGUGUAAUGUUACAGACGUCUGAGCAUUACACUGUAAACAGAGACACUCUCACUAUCAGAGGAGCUACUGAGUCUGAUCAGGAUCAGUUCUGGUGUAGAGGACAGAGAGAUGAAAGACCAAACUCAUCACAGGAGAGUGAACGAAUAAAUCUGUCUGUUAAUGUCUCAGCAGCUUCAUCUUCUCUUCUGGUCACUGGUGUGGUUGUGGGAUUGAGUGUUUGUCUGUUGUUCUUCCUCUCACUGCUGCUGAUGUGGAGAUACAAGAAGAACAAAGAUCAGCAGCGUAACAAUAACCAGACAUCAGUCCCAAAUCAAUCUGCACAAUCUCAACCGGAAAACUUUCCUCUACAGUCUGCAGAUUCUGAUCACAUUUAUGAUGAUGUGACUGAAGUGGAUACGAGAUACAGAGAUGAUCCAGAGCUAUUUUUGGAGGUCACAUAUUCAGAAGUCAUUGUUACAAAAAAUAUAUAUCUGGAUAAAGAUGAUACCAUGACAGAGUCAAAUGAUGUGAUAUACUCAGAAGUCAGCACAAAAGUAAAGAAAUGUAAAAGCAAAGAUGCUGAUGCUGGAGUUGGUGAUGCCACUUAUGCUCAACCUAUUAGGAAGAAGAAUAAAACACGUCACUGAGUGCAGAGAAGACACCAGACGAUUAAAAGAGAUUCACAGCAGCAGACACAGUAAUGCUUGCAUUGCUUAAGAAAUGUGAACUGAUUAUGCACAUGCUUGAUUGAAAUACUUUAGAGAUAUUUAUGCACUGUAUCAUAUGUACAAUCGCAAGUAAUCAAAUCUAUCUAUACAUAUAGUGAAACAUUUUUACCAGUGAGCACUCAUGUUUAACAAAAUUCAGUGUUAACUGCCCUAAAAGUUAUGACAUUAUUCUAUUGGUGCUGAACAACCGUUAAAUAAAUAAUAAAAAAUACAGAAUAAAUAGUAUAAAAUAAUAAAGUCUAAUUAGACACUAGGUUGAUAGGUAAAUAUGUUUGUCUUCUAAAAUAAUGAUUGUCUUUUUGCCAAGUCAUUAAGAUGGAUAAAGAUUUCUCUUAUCCACAUACUGCUUUUUAUAUUAAUAUAUUUGUCAU